AUGUACCAUUUGUACUUUGAGGAUGACGCAAAGCGUCGGUCAGUCAGCCUCGACGAGACCCCCCGGGGCAGCUGGGCUUCCAGCAUCUUUGACCUGAAGAACUCUUCCCCAGACACCCUCCUGCCGUCUGUGCUGGAACGCGCAGCCGCCGAGGACAUGGACUGCCGCAAUACCGAGGCUCGCUUGCAGGGGCGCCACGGCGACCUGCUGGGCCUGUACCCUCCCCCCGACGAGGAUGAAGCAGUGGAGAGAUGCUCUGUUCCUGAAGUGCCCAAAGAACACUGUGGCCAGAGAAUCAUGGUCAAGUGUCUUUCUCUGAAGUUUGAAAUAGAAAUUGAGCCAAUAUUUGGAACACUUGCCCUCUAUGAUGUCAAGGAAAAGAAAAAGAUCUCGGAGAAUUUCUACUUCGACCUGAACUCGGAUCAGAUGAAAGGGCUGCUCAAACCCCACACACCUCACGUAGCCAUAUCCACGCUGGCCCGGUCGGCCAUUUUCUCCAUCACUUAUCCUUCCGCUGACAUCUUCUUAGUCAUUAAGCUCGAGAAAGUCCUCCAGCAAGGAGACAUCGGAGAGUGCUGUGAACCCUACAUGGUCAUGAAAGAAUCGGAUUCAACCAAGCACAAGGAGAAGCUGGAUAAGCUGCGGCAGCAGGCGGAGCAGUCCUGCUGUCGGCUCGGCCGCUUCCGAAUGCCGUUCGCUUGGACCGCCAUUCACCUCAUCAACAUUGUCAGCAGCGUCGGGGGUCUGGACCGCUCAGACCCCGACUCUGAUUCUGAGCGUAAAAGUCAUGGCACGUGGAACGAGAGAAAGAAGAAAGGCUUUGAGCGAAUGAGCAUCGGUGACGACAUGUGUAACUUUGCCACGUUCCGACCAGCGACGCUUACCGUCACCAACUUCUUCAAACAGGAGGGGGACAGACUGAGUGACGAGGACCUCUACAAGUUUCUGGCCGACAUGCGACGACCGUCAUCUGUUCUGCGAAGACUCAGACCUGUAACAGCCCAGUUGAAGAUCGACAUCUCUCCAGCUCCAGAAUUACCUCAUUACUGUCUGUCACCGGAGCUGCUUCAUAUUAAACCCUACCCUGAUCUGCGUGUUCGUCCAACCAAAGACGUGCAGGAGUUCCCCGCUCGCUAUGUCUACACUCCACACACCGCCUACAGGAAUCUGCUGUACGUUUACCCACAGUCCCUGAACUUCAGCAGCCGCCAGGGCUCGGUGAGAAACAUCGCUGUGAAAGUUCAGUACAUGGCGGGAGAGGACCCCAGUCAGGCUCUGCCGGUCAUCUUUGGGAAGUCGAGCUGUGCCGAGUUCAUGAAAGACGCGUACACCCCCGUCAUCUACCACAACAAAUCUCCCGAGUUCUACGAGGAGAUGAAGAUGAAGGUCCCUGCCAAUCUGACAGACAACCACCAUUUGCUGUUCACCUUCUACCACAUCAGCUGCCAGCCCAAACAGAACACUCCUCUGGAGACAGCUGUGGGCUACACUUGGAUCCCUCUGAUGCAGCAUGGCCGACUACGCACCGGCUCCUUCAGUCUGCCCGUCUCGGUGGAAAAGCCUCCGCCCAGCUACUCCGUGCUCACCCCAGACGUUCAGCUCCCAGGCAUGAAGUGGGUGGAUAAUCACAAAGGAGUAUUCAAUGUCGAGGUGAAAGCGGCCUCCUCUGUUCACACUCAGGACCCACACCUGGAUAAGUUCUUCACCCUAGUCUAUGUCCUGGAGGAGUACUCCUUCCCCUUCCGCCUGAAGGACGUCAUCAUCACUGAGUCAAACAUGGAGACGGAGCUGAAGAACACCAUGGCCGCCCUGAGAGGGGCCCUGCUGGACACCUGUGUCAGGUUCUUGCACCAGCUGCUCAACAAGCUCAUUCAGCUCAUCGUCUACCCGCCGGUCAUCGCAGGUCAAAUCGUAAACUUGGGCCGCGCCGCCUUCGAAGCUAUGGCUUUACUCGUCAACCAGAUGCACAAGAACCUGGAGGGGAACCAGGAUCAGCACGGCCGCAACAACCUGCUGGCAUCCUACAUCCACUACUGCUUCCGCCUGCCCACUGCUGAACCUAUGAUGCCCCCAACAGCGGGCACCCAUACGUACGAUAUGCCAAUGCAGUACGCCACGUUGUCGAGAGCGACAGCUCGUCCGAGCAGUCUGCAGUUGUCCCGCUCCAAGAGCAUCAGCAACUCCAACCCGGACCUGGCCAGCACUCCAGUUUCUCCUGAUGAAGAGGUGCAAAGGAUCAUCGGAAGCAAGGGUAUUGAUCGCUCCCACUCCUGGGUAAACUCUGCUUAUGCCCCUGGGGGCUCCAGAUCUGUGCUACGUCGGAACCCCAACUCCAGCUGUGAGCUCAAGCAGGCAAACGACCACAGCUGCAAUCGCAUGUCUGCCUUUCUGGACAGCGUGGCCUUGUUGUCAGUUCCUACAAGGCAGAUUAUCAAGAAGCUGCUCCAUGAGGAGCUGGCAUUACAGUGGGUGGUCAGCACCAGUACAGUGAGGGAAGCAGCGCUGCAGCAGGCCUGGUUUUUCUUCCAACUUAUGACGAAGAGCAUGUCCCAUCACUUAUUCCUGACCUCCAAGUUAGACAUUCCCAGACGUCAGCGCUUCCCAGACAGAUUUGUGGACGACAUCGCUGCUCUUGUGUGCGCCAUCAGUGCAGACAUCGCCAGCAGAUAUCACAAGGAUGUGGAGCUUGUGGAAAGGUUAAACACUAGUCUGGCCUUCUUCCUGAAUGACCUGCUGUCUCUCAUGGACCGGGGCUUUGUCUUCAACCUCAUCCGUUCCUACUACAAACAGAUCGCCAACAAGCUCCACACGGCGCAGAACCCCAGCUCUCUUAACGCACUGAGGAUGGACUUCAUUCGAAUCAUCUCUAGCCACGAGCACUACGUCAUUCUCAACCUGCCGUGUUCAACUCUCAGCCCUCCAGCAUCCCCCUCCCCCUCUACUUCCUCCACCACCUCACAAAGUUCAGCGUUUUCCAGUAUGGUGCAGGACCAAGGUGUGGCCACCAUGUUUGAGCUCUCUGUCCCCUUCCGCCAUCAGCACUUCCUGUCUGGCUUGGUGCUUACUGAGCUCUCUCUCAUCCUUGAACCUGAUGGAGAAGGGGUUUUCUUCCUCCAUAAAAAGGCCAUUAGUGCCGUUCACUCCCUCCUUUGCAGCCACGAUGCAGACCCUCGCUACAGUGACCCUCAGGUCCGAGCCCACAUAGCUCAGCUCUACCUGCCCCUCCUCCCCAUCGUCAUGGAGACACUGCAUCAGCUCCACGACUUCACUGAAACCUCGCCUGCUCGUGUCCGCCAUGCCUCAGCCCACGCCGACGACUCUGACCCAGACGGCAGCAACACUAUCAGUCAGUCUGUUGCCAUGGCGAUCGCCGGCUCCCCUUUGCCGCAUGCCAAAGCCAACGCAUUUUCACUGCCCACAGUGGCCGGGCGUCAGUCCAGCUCUCUGUCCGCCGAGUGCAGCCGGACUUUGCUGGUGUGUUUCCUGUGGGUGCUGAAGAAUGCUGAUGCAGCUCUCCUGGAGCGCUGGGUCUCUGAUUUGUCCGUGUCGCAAAUCAACCGCCUGUUGGAUCUGCUGCAUCUCUGUGUCUCCUGCUUUGAAUACAAGGGGAAAAAGACUCUGGAGAGAAUCAACAGCCUCACGUUUAAAAAGUCUCAGGACAUGAAGGCGCGACUGGAGGAGGCCAUACUGGGCACCAUAGGGGCUCGUCAGGAGAUGGUUCGCCGCUGCAGAGAAAGGAGUCCCUAUGGCAGCCAAGAGAACGUGAGGUGGAGAAAGAACGUCACUCACUGGAGACAAAAUACAGACCGAGUCGAUAAGACUAAAGCUGAGGUGGAGCAGGAGUCAGUGGUGGAUGGAAAUCUUGCCACUGAGGCCUCUCUCGUUGUCCUGGACACUCUGGAGAUUGUAGUGAAGACUGUGGUGGCGUCAGAGCUGAAGGAGAGCGUUUUAGGCGGGGUUCUCAGAGUGCUUCUCCACAGCAUGGCGGGCAACCAGAGCGCCCUCUUCCUGCAGCACUGCUUCACUACACAGAGGGCUCUGGUGUUCAAGUUCCCAGAAAUGCUGUUUGAAGAGGACACUGAGCUUUGUGCAGACCUGUGUCUGCGUCUCCUUCGUCACUGCAGCAGCAGCGUCGGCUCUGUCAGAAGUCACGCCUCUGCCUCUCUGUACCUGCUCAUGAGGCAGAACUUUGAGAUCGGAAACAACUUUGCUCGAGUGAAGAUGCAGGUCACCAUGUCUCUGUCGUCACUGGUGGGAAUGUCUCAGAACUUCAACGAGGAGCAUCUCCGUCACUCGCUCAAGACGAUCUUAACAUAUGCCGAGGAGGACUUGGAGCUGCGUGACACGCCUUUCCCUGAGCAGGUCCAGGAUCUGGUUUUCAAUCUACACAUGAUUCUUACUGACACUGUGAAGAUGAAAGAGCAUCAGCAGGAUCCAGAGAUGCUCAUUGACCUCAUGUACAGGAUUGCAAAGGGCUACCAGAACUCGCCAGACCUGCGUCUCACGUGGCUUCAGAAUAUGGCAGGAAAACACUCAGAGAGAGGGAACCACGCUGAGGCUGCCCACUGUCUGGUCCACAGCGCCGCCCUGGUGGCAGAGUACCUCAACAUGCUGGAGGAUUGCCGCUACCUGCCAAUCGGCUGUGUCACGUUUCAGAAUAUUUCGUCCAACGUCCUAGAGGAGUCGGCUGUAUCCGACGAUGUCCUGUCUCCAGAGGAGGAGGGGAUUUGUGCUGGGAAGUAUUUCAGUGAAUCGGGCUUGGUGGGCCUCCUGGAGCAAGCAGCUGCGUCAUUUCACAUGGCUGCCAUGUUCGAGGCCAUAAACGAAGUGUACAAGAUUCUGGUGCCCAUCCAUGAAGCCAACAGAGACUUCAAAAAGCUGGCGACUGUCCACGGAAAACUGCAGGAUGCCUUUAACAAAGUCUGCAACCAAAGUUCAGGAUGGGAGAGAAUGUUUGGGACUUACUUCCGCGUCGGUUUCUACGGCUCUCGCUUCGGAGACCUGGACGAACAAGAGUUUGUGUACAAGGAGCCGUCAAUCACCAAAUUAGCCGAGACCUCCCACAGACUUGAGGAGUUCUACUCGGAGAGGUUUGGGGACGAGGUGGUUGCAAUCAUCAAGGACUCCAACCCAGUGGACAAAAGCAAACUGGAUCCCAACAAGGCCUACCUCCAGAUCACCUACGUGGAGCCGUACUUUGACACGUACGAGCUAAAGGAGAGAAUAACUUACUUCGACAAGAACUACAACCUGCGUACCUUCAUGUACUGUACGCCCUUCACGCUGGACGGCCGAGCCCACGGCGACCUGCACGAGCAGUACAAGCGCAAAACCAUCCUGACAACGUCUCAUGCUUUUCCUUACAUCAAGACACGCAUCAAUGUUAUCCACAAAGAGGAGAUCAUUCUCGUCCCCAUGGAAGUGGCCAUUGAGGACAUGCAGAAGAAAACUCAGGAGCUUGCCUUCGCCACAACCCAAGACCCUGCCGACUCUAAGAUGCUGCAGAUGGUGCUGCAGGGCUGCGUGGGCACCACUGUCAACCAGGGCCCCCUGGAGGUGGCGCAGGUCUUUCUUUCCAACAUUCCUAAUGACCCAAAGCUGUUUCGACAUCACAACAAACUGCGCCUCUGCUUUAAAGACUUCACUAAGAGGUGUGAGGAUGCCCUGCGGAAGAACAAGACUCUGAUUGGUCCAGAUCAGAAGGAGUACCACCGAGAGCUGGAGAGGAACUACAAUAAGCUGAAAGAAGCUCUGGGUCCUCUCAUCAACCGCAAGAUCCCCCAGCUAUACAGCUCCCUGCCAGCUCAGACGACACAAACACAACGGAAUUCCUAUAGUCGGUCCAGUCUGCGGAAAGUCGACUGAUGAGGAGAUAGAAAACUGGGAAACAACACAAUAACAAGCUUUAGAAAUGAGUACCAUCCCCUCCCCCAUCUGAUUUGCACACCAACUGUUUAUCCCCCCCCCACCCUACUUGUGGCCACCCAUGCUAUAAUCCCCACACACACACUUGACACUUCUUUCCCCCAUCACCACCUCUCUCACACCUCUGUAGGUGCAGACCCUCAGCUGUUUAUGCUGGAAGGUUAUCUGCUCUGUAAACACGGUCACCCGGAACUGUGGCUCUGACGACCAAAGUGGACUCUCUGAGCUUGGACUGGUUUUAAACUUUAAAAAGUUUUUUUUACAGCAAUGAGAGCUGCCAAACAAACCUGCUGCGUCCAAAUACCACGCAGCAGGUUGUUCAUGACGGUUUUCCUGCUGUGGCCUUAUUGUUUUAUUUCACCGCCAGCAGGGAAUGCACGAUAUUGGACUUUUUGCUGUUAUCCGCUGUAUCGGUAGUGCUUUUAUACGUUUUCCCUGUCAUUUAGUCACUUUUGUAGUGAAAUAACACAUUAUUUUGCAUACAGAGAUGAAUAAAUAUAAAGAAAUUGUAUAUGUAGAGGGCACCAGAUUACAGAGGUAGUAGGCUAUUCAGUCUACUGUUAAUUAUUAGUCACGUUGGGGGAACUUGGCAGAUUUUAAAAGCCAAUAUCGGCCCAUACUGCGUACCGAACUGCCAGAAAUAUUCCCAGGCAGUUUUCUCUUACAUUACCAACAGACCAAAUAACUUUCAUGACAUUCCUUCCUCCUCAACUCCUCACAUAUACAGUAUACCUUCCCACCUCCAGCUAUAAGACUUCAUUAUAGAGGGGGGGGGGGGCUGUGUCCACACUCAGGUCUCCGUCCUAGCACGGUGGGAGACAGACAUAGCAUUAGAGGAAAGCAUUAGUGGGUGGGUGGGUGGGAGGGAGAGAAAGAUAGGAAACGGAUGUUUAAAUGUUUUUCUUAAACUGUGAAAUUCUCUUGUAAUGCACUGCUGUCACAUCAGAUGUUUAUCACAGAAGCACUGCCUUCAAUGAGACCGUCUGUCUCCUGACCGUCCCUCUACAGCAGGCGGUGAUGCGUUCUGUUUGUAGUCGGAACUCAGAUUUCCUAUUUGAAAACUUGGAGCAAAUUCGGCAACCAAAUAGGGAUUCCGGGAAGGUUACAGUAAAUCAGUCACACACAUAGUAGUAGUUCCAUUUUUAUCUGUGUGGUAUUGAUUUCGAGGUGAUGUCACUCCCAGUUCCGACUUACGAUGUAAAUGGAACAACUAUGUACAUUUUUGUCUGUGUAGUUUUAAGACGACAGCGUCCAAAUGUCUGUCACAAAGCAUUCCAAAUGUCCGACACAUCACGGCUGUGUAAGAUUUAUAUUCAAACUACUGUUAUGUUAUAUUGCACUAUUGUAGUACUAAGAACUGCAGCACAUUAUUAACACUGUACCUACUAAAAUAUCUGAGCUUUUGUUAUUUUAUGAAGCUGGAAAUUGUUUUUUUUACCAAUUAGAUGGAACAAAUUUUUUUAUUUAUUUUACACUUCUUUUUUUUACUGCAUUCUAUUAAAUUUCUCUUCCUAC